AUGUUGUCUGCUCUCAUUAGGAUACUGAGGAGUAGAAGAGGUGCAAAACUGGCUGUUAAUUUAGCUUUCCUGGUCUUGUCUGUGUGCUUAUGGUCAUCACUAAGUCGGAAACAGAAAAAAUCAAAUGAACUCUUCAGAAGCAUAGACGAUUUCACGACAACUGUUGGUACUUCGAUAUUUGGUGAAAGUAAUGUUAAAUAUCCACCAAGUAAUCCAGAUUGGAACCCCCAUUAUUCGAAAUACUUUGCUGACUUAAAGGAGAAAAUCACGUCCAUUGAUUUUAUAGAAACUUCAGAAAAUAUUAAUCAGUUUAAUGAUAAGCCUCUAUCACCAUUUGAUAAUAUACCAAUAUAUGAUAACUUUAUAAAGGCGAAACUUGAUAGUUCAAAGUUGUACCAUAAUAAAUUUUCAUUAAAAUACUUUAAAGAUAUUGCUACAGUAACAAAAUGCAAAUAUUAUUUUAAUAACUUAAAUCAAAUUAAUCCCGGUUGGAAUAAUGACGUGAAUAAACAUUCAUUACUUAUCAAUUCAUUAAAUUAUGACAAAAAUGGUAAAGUUAGAGGUAAAAAAUCUGAACUACAAGUAAAGACCACUCAAAUGAAAAAAAAUUUGAAUUUUAUUAAUGAAAGAUUAAGACUGUAUGACUUAUGUUUUAUUAAGAACGAAUUUAAUAUGGAUGAUAUUUUCAACAAUCCAGUGAAAGAUAGUGUCUCUUUGGUGCUUGAUAAUAUUGCUGGUGACACUACUACCACUAUAGCUGAAAAUCAAAGAGUUAAUCAAUUUCAAUUUGAAGGACAAAUGUUUCCUUAUUUGCAAAAAUUCAAUUCUUCACAAGAAUUUAAUUCCAUUUUACCAAGGUUUAGUAUUGGCGAUGGUAUUUGGUAUUCAAACGGUACUUUCCCAAAACCAUUGACCUCGGUAUCAACUUAUCAAGAUUUUAAACCAGAUCCAGAAAAUGAAGAAUUGAUUCAUUUAGAAUAUGAUACCAAAAAAUCAGUCUGGGCGAAUUGGAACUCUAUGUCAGAUCUCAUCCCAAGUUGGGAGAGAGGUAUUAUCAUCUCGAUCAGUGACGCACAAUUAUUCCUGGCAUUGAAAUGGAUAGCAACAGCCCGUCAUAACCAUAUCAAGUUGCCUAUCUUCUUCAUGUACAAAGAUAAUGAGUUAUCACAAGUUUCAAUCAAUAAAUUACGUCGCGUGGCCGCUUCCGAUGAUAUUAAAUUUCCAACCUCUUCAAAUUUACCAAAAUUAGAUACUUGGUUUGUCGAUUUGACUCCUUCUAUUAAUCCAAUAAUGAUGCCAGAGUUCAUAACUUUUAAGAAUAAAUGGUUAGCAUCAACAUUAAAUCCUUGUAAAGAAAUAUUGUUCUUAGAUACAGAUACUAUCAAUUACAAAGAUCCAAAUUUUUAUUUUGAAACAAAAGGAUAUAAAAAUUCAGGUACUUUAUUCUUUAGAGAUAGGUACUUGAAAGUAGAUAAAAAGGAAAUAUGUUCCUCAUUUCAUGAUACACUUUCCCCAAGUUUCCAAGAAUCAUUCUAUUUCGAUAAAUUACCAUUAUUCGACAAGCAAUAUAUAGUCGAUAACGUUGCAAAAAAUGAAUUGACAACAGAAGAACAUAUCUUCAAAAGCUAUUUCCAUCUAGACAUACAGCAUGAGAUGGAAAGUGGUUUAAUGGCAAUUGAUAAAGCAACGCAUAUUAUUCCAAUGCAAAUGUCCGCAAACUUCAACUUGUUCAAACCAUUCUCAAAAUGUUCUCAUGGUGAUAAAGAAUUCUUCUGGUUAGGUUUUAUGGCCUCAGGUACUCCGUUUUCUAUUGAUCCAAUCAAACCUGGUACAGUGGGUGAAGUUAUCACAGAUAAAGCAGGUCCAACUGUCAUAGAGAAAAGAAUUUGUAAUAUCCAAAUCGUCCAUUUUGAUGAAAAUAAAGAUAUCAUGUGGAUGAAUGGUGGUGCUAAUAUCUGUAAAUACCCAGGUUAUGCAGAAGCAGAUUGGGAAAAUCCAAAACUGCAAAGUUUCACUAAAAAUUUUAAAACACUUGCAGAAUAUAAAAAAUAUUAUGAACAAAUACCAAUGAAGACAGAUUAUGGAAUAAUCGCCUCUGAAUUUUCGAACCAGCCAUGGAUAAGAAGAUUUUAUCAUUGCCAUAACUUGAUUUGGUGUGCUAGAUAUACAGAAGAGUUAAAGCCAUUGAGUUUCGAGGAAAAAGAAACACAUGGUGAACUAUUCCCAUUAGAUCCUGAAGUGAAAAAGAGAGUAGAUGAGAUUAAUUUUGUGUGGGCUACCUUUGACACAUAUCAGGUCUUUUCAAAAGAAGAUAUUGAAAGUGCUAUAAAACUUGCAAGAGAAACAUCUGGAUUGAAUAAAGUAUUAGACCAAGAAGCUAAAAAGAAGGCUGAAGCAGCAAAGAAGGCUGCUGCCGAAGUUAAAGCCGCGUUAGAAGCUGAAAUAAAGGCUAAAGCUGAUGCCGAAGAAGCUAAAGCUGGUGUUGAAAAUGGAUUAGGAUCUAUCCCUCAUGAUGCAGAAGGAGAUAAAAAAGAGCCAGCUGAAGUUGUUAAAGAAGUUGCUGCCCCUUAA